AAAGUAGGUUGAGUUGCAGUUUAACCAACUCCAUCAUCAUAGUUUUCUUUCUUAUUAUCAUCUAUCUCUCCCUUGCAUCCCAAACUAUCCAGAAUCACAUAUAUAAAUUCCACAUGCAAAUCAUUGUUCUUAGCUUGUUCAUAAAGCCAACAAUAUUCCUAAAUUAGCAUCAUAUAACUAGACUUCAUAUCUCAUAUCAUUUCCAUGUCUUUGAUUCAAAACAAGAGGCUUCAUUUCCUUAUGGAAAGAUUCGCUGUUAUCCCUUUCCGACUCGGCUGCACUUCUCACUCCAGCGUUGAACUCGGCGAAGCAAUUGAACCACGAAAACUGAAAAUCAGCGCAGCGCCACCAAACCCACCACCACCUCCUCAAGCAACAGACGAUGGAAGAACGCAAGGUAGAUCAGCAAUGAAAAACUCGUUUCAUUUCCUGAGUCAAGGCAAGCAGCACAUAUCUAGUGGGAUGCAGAGAUUGAUCAGGAGCAUCAAAAGUUUCUCACAAAUAUUCGUUUACAAGGAAGACACUGAUGAGGAAAAGGAAACAGAAAUGGAGAUUGGAUUCCCUACGGACGUGAAGCAUGUGACACACAUAGGACUGGAUGGCUCUACCACUACAAAUAAUAAUCUCAACAAUUUUCAUAGCAAUGCUGCUCUUCCUCCUCAAGUAGUUUCCUUCCCUUCGAUUUCUCUGAAGCAAUUUGAGUUGGCCAUGGCUGCACAGACCACCCACCAGCCUCCUCAUCACCAGUAGUGAAUUGUUUUGAAGCCAAAGCAAAACUCGCUAUGUUUUCUUUCUUUUGUGAAUUGGUUGAUGUAUGAGCCUAUCUCCUCAACUAUUACAGAUUAUAUAAGCAUGCAUGUAUGGUUUUGGUGAGGUGGGGUGGGUGAUGAUCUAUCCACGGAUUGUAUUAUGGAAAUGAUUAGUUUUAUUGCGUGGAAUGAAACAUACUUGGAUUGAUAGAUUAGGAAAAGAGAAUGAAAUUAUUGAUUGAGAACC